AUGGGGGGGAUAGACACAAACAGAGGGCGGGCUUACAAGCAUCACGACGACGGCACCUGCCAAUGGACCCCACCUCACAGAUCAACGCCAACAUGGUCACAUGCAGUUGCUCACCACCAACCACACAACACGAUACCAUCAAAACACUGGCGCAUGCCCAGUGCCCCAGUUACCAACAACGAUGAGUCAAACACGAUGGAAUAUGGGGGGGAUAGACACAACCAGAGGGCAGGCUUACAAGCACAACGACGACAACACCUGCCAAUGGACCCCACCUCGCAGGUCAACACCAACACAGUCACAUGCAGUUGCUCACCACCACACAACACGAUGCCGUCAAAACACUGGUGCAUGCCCUGUGCCCCAGUUACCAUUUCCUGA